AUGUCCGCCAAAAUCACCAAGACCUCCGACCUCCCCCCCUCAGAAGCAAAAUGGAUCUCCUUCCAAAAAAUCGACUGGGUCGACCAAGCCGGCGUCGCACGCGUAUGGGAAGUCGCCUCGCGCAAAACACGCGGCAGCUCCGGCAUCGACGCCGUCGCCAUCGCCGCGAUCCUACGCUCGCCCACCGCCCCGCCCUCCACAAUCAUCAUCCUACAAUUCCGCCCUCCCGCGGCCGGCAUCUGCGUUGAGCUGCCGGCGGGGCUGAUCGACGCGAGCGAGACCCCGCAGCAGGCGGCGGUGCGGGAGCUGCGCGAGGAGACGGGGUAUGAGGGGAAGGUGGUGGGGAUGAGUCCCACGAUUGUGAGCGACCCGGGGAUGACGACGGCGAAUAUGCAAUUUGCGACGGUGGAGGUGGAGGUCAAGGAGGGGGAGCUGCCGCCGGUGCAGCAGCUGGAUGAGGGGGAGUUUAUUGUGAGGGUUGUUGUGCCGAUUCAUGAGUUGUAUGCGAGGUUGGUGAAGUAUUCGGAGGAGGGGAAGACUGUGGAUGCGCGGUUGUGGCAUUGGGCGGCGGGGAUUGAGUUCGCGAAGUCGUUGUGA